AAAAAAAUUCCGAUACAACCCAACAACCCUACACGUGAAUCAACAGAUGAUAAUAAAUGAAGUCCCAAGCACUCGUAAAACAAAAAAUUGAUCAAAAAACGGAACACGACGUACUAAAGAUGAAUUCAAAGGUCAGCUUAAAUAAAUCGCCAAAGAAAAAGACUAGCAAAACAUCGGAUAAAAAAAAAGAAAACAGUACAAAAUCUGUGGUUACGGAGAGCCCAAAAAAUUUGUCGGCAAAAGACUUGGCCAAGAUAAACAAAAAGAAAGCAAAAAAACAAGCACAAAAAUUAAAAAAACAGCAAAAUAAGGUCAAAAAUAACGUUGCUGUUGAAGCCGCUGUUCCGGAAAAGCCAGAUGCUAUAAAAAAGGAGUACAAACGGGACCCUGCCACAGAUGAUGCCACAGUUUUUGUAGGAAAUUUGCCAAUUAACACUAAAAGAGUACAGUUGGUGAGACUUUUUCAACCCUAUGGGAUUGUCCAAUCCAUAAGGCUGAGAACUGCCGGCGGAAAGCAACUUUUUAAGCACAAGCAGCGUAAGGAAGCGGGCUCCCUAAACGCAUAUGUGGUCCUUCAAAACCCCCAAAUUGCUCAAAGUGCAUUGGCCUUAAACGGUGUCGAAUUUAAAGAUAACCACCUGAGAGUAACACCUGCAAAAAAAGUUAAAGGAGGCGAUGGAUCCGGAGAAGUUAAUGACGUAGAUUCCAAGAACACUGUUUUCGUUGGCAACCUUAAAUAUUCUACCAACGAAGAAAUGUUGCGAGAAAUUUUUUCGAGCUGCGGAGUUAUUGACUACAUUCGCUGCCUUCGCGACGGUGACAAGGGCUGCAAAGGCGUCGCAUAUGUCUGUUUCAAAAAUUCGGACUCUGUUGGCCUGGCUUUGGAACUAAAUCAAACUCUUUUAGAUGAUAGGCCCAUAAACGUGGAGCGUUAUUCCAAUAAAAAACUGGGUGCUAAACAGAAACGUGACGCUGCAUCUGCCACUUCUGUGAAAUCAGAGGAAAAAAGGAGAAAUUCAGCGGGAGCAAAGAAGCGUUUGGAUAAAAAGCAGAACGGAAAAAAUACUAAGCAGGCUAUUGAAGGCCAGCAAAAAAAAUCAAAUUACCGAGGUGUCAAAGUAGGCGCAGUUACGAAAGCCAAGCAUUCUAAGAAAAAGGGAAACGAUCACCUAAAUAAUCUGGCAAAAAAAAUUGCUCCAAAAAUAAGGACAUAAACUAAUUGUAGCUAAUAGCUA